AGAAGGCCUCCGGCCAUGAGCGAACUGGGCGCACAGAGCGCACAGAAGGCAGGAGAAGGCACCGUGUCUCGCCUGCUUAACGUGGUGGAGAGUGAGCUGCAGGCAGGCCGGGAGAAGGGAGAUCCGACGGAGAAGCAACUCCAGAUCAUCCUGGAGGAUGCCCCGCUCUGGCAGAGGUUCAAGGAAGCCACUAACGAAAUGAUCGUGACCAAGAACGGCAGACGGAUGUUCCCUGUCCUGAAGAUCAGUGUCACAGGACUGGACCCCAACGCCAUGUACUCCCUCCUGCUGGACUUCGUCCCGACGGAUAGCCACCGCUGGAAGUACGUCAACGGUGAAUGGGUACCCGCAGGCAAGCCAGAGGUCUCCAGCCAUAGCUGCGUCUACAUUCACCCCGACUCCCCCAACUUCGGGGCUCACUGGAUGAAAGCACCCAUCUCCUUCAGCAAAGUGAAGCUGACCAACAAGCUCAAUGGAGGUGGGCAGAUAAUGCUGAAUUCCCUGCAUAAAUACGAGCCCCAGGUUCACAUAGUGCGUGUGGGAGGCGCCCAUCGGAUGGUCAUGAACUGUUCCUUCCCUGAAACUCAGUUUAUUGCCGUGACUGCCUAUCAGAAUGAGGAGAUAACGGCUCUCAAAAUCAAGUACAACCCUUUUGCCAAGGCCUUCCUGGAUGCCAAGGAAAGAAACCACCUAAAGGACAUUCCAGAGGCCGUCUCUGAGAGCCAGCAUGUGACCUAUUCUCACUUGGGAGGCUGGAUCUUUUCCAAUCCGGAUGGCAUGUGUGCAGCGGGAAACACCAAUUACCAGUAUGCCUCGCCUUUGCCUCUGCCUGCUCCCCACACCCACCACGGCUGUGAGCGCUACCCUGCCCUCCGGGGACAUCGGCAGGCUCCCUACCCUUCUGCGUACGUGCAUAGAAACCAUUCUCCCUCAGUGAAUUUGAUAGAAAGCUCAAGCAACAAUCUGCAAGUUUUCUCGGGACCUGACAGCUGGGCUUCCUUAUCCUCCACACCUCACACCAGCAUCUUGUCUGUACCACACACCAAUGGGCCAAUCAACCCAGGGCCCAGCCCCUAUCCGUGCCUGUGGACCAUCAGCAACGGAAGUGGGGGCUCCGUGGCACCGGGCUCAGAGGUGCACGCUGGCACCCCAGGAACGUUUCUCCUUGGGAACCCUGCUGUCACCUCACCUCCCUCUGUGCUCCCUACCCAAGCAACCACUUCGGCAGGUGUGGAGGUCCUGGGGGAGCCUUCACUGACCAGCAUUGCUGUAUCCGCCUGGACAGCGGUGGCCUCGCAUCCCUUCCCAAGCUGGGGCGGACCAGCCGGAGGUGGACGCCAUUCCCCGUCUCCAUUGGACAGUUAGGUAGGAUCCCGGUAGCCUCUACUGAGCAGAGAGCUGUCUGCGUAUAUGCACAGCAGCCUCAUCUGCUGAUUCCAGUGAGCAGGGCUUCAGGGUCUCUUCGCCCGGAGGGCUGGGCGGUUGCAUGGUGAUGCCAAAAAAGCCUUCCAAAGAGUUUGGGCGAUACUGAUUUUUACUAAUGUGUCUCCCCACCAUUUCCUAUGGCUCUCCUGUUUUCUCUGAGCUUAUCCUCGCUGUGCUUAGGUAGCAAAGUUGGCUCUGUCUAAUACCCUCUUGUGCCCGGAUCCUUAGUUACAAGUGGUCCUGGAAAGCCUCGCUUCCUUUUCUCUGGAGUUGGUGCAUGGUGGUGAGGAUUGCUCAAAAUUUGCCCAGUGAGCCUGCUGCUUCUUAGCUUUGUGCAGCCCUGGAAAGCACGCGUGGCCCUAAGAACCUGAGCUGGCUUCCGCUUUGAGGCCGAGAGAAGGUGUGAGUCCGUAAAGCUAACAGCAGUAAGCUAGUGUUAAAGCCAAUCCUGUCUUGUUCCUGUCUGGAACUGAGGAAAUGGGGUCAAGACCGUCACCAGCUCAUGAUCAGUGACUCCCCAUUGCCUACAGAAUGAAGUUUGGUGACCCCAUAUUCUAAGGACAACCUCUACCAUUUGGCUGUCUUCUGCAUCUCCAGCAUUGACUCCUCCAGUUAACCUCCAGUCAAGGCAGGCAGCUUUCCUUCCUCCUCCACGCUUCUUCCUGCAGCCAAAACAUCCCUUCUCCAAUCCCACCUGUGUGCAUUGUACUACUUGGUCGAGGCUGGUUGAAAGGCCACUCCGGUGUCAGUCACCUGAGGUGAUGUUUGUCUCUCUCUGUCCCCUGCUUUCCCACCAUUUUUACCUCAGGCGUAGAGUUCACCUCAUUCUGCCUUAUAUUUCUGUGAGUGUAUCUGUCUCCCUCAUAGACUGUAAGCCUCUUGAGGGUGAGACCUAGCCUUCCUGCCCGUGUGCCCAUAGCCCCUGGUACUGUGCCUUGACUACCAUAGGUGCCCAAUAAAGAUUUGCUGAGUUGAA